AGCAUUUUACAGCACUGUGUUUACAGUGAAAAAAGUAAGCACAAAAGAAACUUAUUUAUUAAUUACGAUGAGUUCCAAAGAAUCCAAGCCGCUAAUCAAAGAUAUUCGGGAGACAAUCAAGCUUGGGAAGCAUGCGGACGCCAUUCACAAGUGCAAGCGCCUGCUGAAUGCCGACCCGAGCAAUGCGAUGGGAUACUUGUUGCUUGGUGCCGCCUAUCAGAGCUUGGACAAGACAGAGGCGGCAAAGAGCCUGCGAAAGUCGAUUGAGUACACAAAAGGCCCCGCUACCGUUGCCCUGCAGGGACUCUCUAAAUGCGCGCCCAUCGCCGAGCUGCCAGAAAUCUAUGAUGAGCUUGUGGAUCUGCUACCUGAAAAAGCCCUAGACUACUGGGAGAAGCUAUUCACCCUGGCCUCGGAUGAAACUGUGGCUCCCCUGUGCUUUAAAGUGUUCAAAAAGCGGGCUCAGAAUCCUAAAGAUUCCCAUUAUGCCAAAAUCCAAGAAUAUCUGGGGCGCAUUUGGUUUGCUCAGGAUAUUGAGGUAUCGGCAGAAGAUAAUGUACUUUACAAUAAAACGAUGGAAGCACUACUGGAUAUCUCGGAGCCAAGUGUGAAAAGUGUGGUGUACAAACGAUUCCUUAAAUGGCUAUACAAGCAAAAGGACUAUGUGGCCUGUGUGCGCCAUGCCUGCAACAUGACCGUCUCCCAUCCCAAGGAUGUCUAUGGGUACGAAUGGAUAUGCAAGACAUACUGCGAAAACCACAAUCAGCUAAACACUGCUGCCUGGCAGCAGGAGCUGAAGCAGCCAAUCCAAGCAUAUGCCGAUCAAUUACUGGAGCUGAACCCCAGCUCUAACUUGGCCCUACUGAUUAAGGCAUUCGAUCUCUUUGCCCAGGGCCAAUAUGUUCCGGCCAGGCAAUUUGCUGUGCAGGCCCAACAGAGCCAGCCUAACUACAAGGUGACGCUGGAGCUCCUGGCCCGAAUCCAUAUGGAAUUCGGGGCGUACAAACUGGCUCUACAACUCUGGCAGAAGCUAGGCCAACAAAAUGAAGCGUCUGGCCGGUGUCUCUCUUAUGAAAAGAAUGAAUCCAAUUUGAGAGAAGCCGUCAAAGUGCUGCUGCGCCAUGAUAAAUCAGAGCCCAAUGUUCGAGCCUUAGCUCGCUGCUACAUCAAGUUGGGGGAGGUUCAGCUGCUCAAAGAUCUUCCAUUGGAUGCACUUUCCAAGGCGGAAUUUCUCUUAUCACCAGCUGAAGCCAUUCGGGCUAUCGCCAAAGACGAGUCUUUUGAGGCGCUGCUUCUAUGUGGCAAGCUUCAGAUGUUGCAGAAAAACUAUGCAGAGGCCCUGAGCUGCAUGCUAAAGGCCGCUCGGAUGCGACCGCAUGUUGCCGAGUGCUUCGACUACUUGGGUCGCUUGUAUCCACUGGCCACUGGCGAUAUGGCCCGCGCCCGCAAAUGCUAUGAGAAGUGCAUCAGCCUCAAUGCCCUGGCGGAGGAGGCUGUGGAUGCCUUGAGCUUUAUUUACCAGCAGCUGGGCGAGGAAGAUCUAAAUGAGACGCUCCUGAUGAACACCCUUCGGUACUUGAGUAAUGAUGACUCGAUCCGCUUGCAAUACAAGCUGGGCCUGCACUUUCUGCAAGUGAGGAAAUGGGAUAAUGCCAUCCAAUGCUUUCGGAUUGCCAUCAAGCACGACUUUCGGUGCAUGGUCUAUUGGGAAUCACUGGGCGAUGCUUAUGCGGCUCGAGGCUCUUACAACUCGGCUUUUCGUGUCUUUCAGAAAAUCCUCGAGCUGUCCCCAGUCAACAGCUAUGCUCUCCUCCAGAUAGCCGUGAUCAAGACGACGAUUCGCAUGUACUCCGAGGCGAUUGAAGAUUUCGAUGCGCUGCUCAAGCUGAAUCCAAACUACUUGCCUGGUUUGCGAGGCGCCGCAGAGGCGCACAUCGGUAUAGCCAACAAUCUGAAGUCCCAAAAUCUUUACGGCCGUGCCAAACAGCAUUUCCAAUCGGCUGUCGGACUUCUGGAAAGUGCAUUCACCCAGGCAGAGGCGCAGGGUAUGGUUUGGCUGUGGCGCCUCACGGCUAGUGUAUUUUUGCAGACGGCCCAGCUGCCGGGCUCCCUGGCAAAUUUGGACGUGGUUGGCAGCUUGGCCAAGCGCGAUGAAGCGGUUGCUUAUCUAUCACGUAAAGAUCUGCUGAAACUGGCCCAGCGCUUCUAUCUAUGCGCCUUGAAAUUGAAGCAGAACACAUAUCUGUGGUACGAGUUGGCCCUGGCCAGCUACUGCAGUGCUAUUUACAUUCCCGAAGAAGCAACAAGCCACCUGGAAACGGCUGCCAAGGUAUGCAAGAGGGCGAUCAAGGAGCGUAGCAAUCGCUGGCAGAACUGGAACCUCCUCGGCGUCAUCAAUAUGCAUGCGGAUCACGAGAACUUGCCUCUGGCGCAGCACUGCUUCAUCCAGGCGCUGAAUCUGGAUCGCAAAUCCUUCACGACAUGGACCAACCUAGGCGUGUUGUAUAUCAAAGCGAAUGACAUUCGACUGGCCAAUGAGGCCUUCAAGCGCGCCCAGCAAUCGAGUCUGAUAUAUGCCAAUGCCUGGAUAGGACAGGCAAUGGUAGCGGAACUUAUUGGCGACGAAGAAGAGGCCUUCGAUCUGUUCCGCCAUUGCCAGCAGUUUGAUUAUCAUCCGGAGGCGGCUCUCGGAUUCGCUUACUGGGUAUGUGAGGUGCUCUCCGAUCCUGUUGCCCGGGCCAAGCCCCACAACAGAUAUGCGAUUGCGCACAUGUAUGCGGAUGUCUACGCAUUGGAUGCCAUUAACUGGUAUGUCCAAAAUGAAGAGUCGGAGGCCAGUAUAGCGUCACUCACGUUCCAGGGAUUCUUGUGCGCCCGCAAAAAGCUUUACCACCAGGCCAUCAAGGCUUUUACGCGCGCCAGCCAGUUGUGCGAGCCUGGAGCCGAACGAGACACACUGUAUACGAACCUGGGAUACUUGUACCUAAAGCUGGACCAGCCCCAUCAGGCAGUCAACGCUUUGAAUACAGUGUCCCAUGCCACGUUCAAACCCAUCGUUGGCUUGGCCCUGGCAUAUUACCGAUCCGGUCAGCUGCAGGAAUCGUAUUCGAUAUACAAUUCCGUAUUAAACAACGUGGCGGGACAAAAUGAUGACAAGGCGGCUACCAUAUUAGUGGCCAUGGCCUCGAUGAUUUAUGCCUUCCAAGGCGAAGCGGACACCAAAACUCUUCUCUAUCAGUGUGUCCUGACGAAGAAUGCGCCCAUCCAGGCCCUGUACUCUUCUUGUGCUUUGGCCAUUCUGCAUCGCGAUAACGAACUAAACCGGACCGUAAUGUCGGAGCUCAGGGCGUACGAUUUUAGCGAGAAGUACUGCGUCGAUAUAUCCUACCUAACCGCUAAUUAUUUCCUGAUAAAUGAGGGUCCCCUAGAUGCUCUCCGUUAUUUGCAGAAGCGCGUUCGCAUGUUUCCCCGCUCUGCGGGACUUCGCAAGGUGUUGCUCAAGUUUCUUCUUGAUUAUUUCGCCGGAGAUCAGUCUUACCGACUGGCUACCUCGAAUGUGGCCUUGGGAGCUCUAACGCUUGGUCACAGCAGCCUUCGAAAUGGAACAAAGGCCAGUGAGGAGGCGGAAACGACAAUCUAUGCCAGUCGGGCUGUAAUUCAUGUCGACAAGGCCUGUUCCUUGAAGCUUAUCCAGCGCGCCAUAAGACUGAAUCCAACUAAUCAGCAAGCCAGACAGUUGCUAGCCACCGUUUCUGCCCAUUAAUGUGUUUAUUUCCCCCAAUUUUUGAUGUCAAGAAUAAAAUUCAUAUGAAAUGUGCAUUAA